AUGGACGACGAAGAGACACGCAAACUCAUUCUACGCGUGCAGAGUGAAGACCUCGCAUCCAUCUGGAACGCCGACAACACAGAAAGUCCUGAUGGCCUUGAGUCUGAUACCAACAUGGCUAUGCGCCUCUUCGGACAAGAGCUCUGCACCGCUGAGCAGCAAAUCGAUGAUCGCCGCGUAGCUAGGGCAGUAGCUCUGGUUGGUUUUCGACAAGAUGUUAUUGUCCGCGCUGAUGGAGUGGAAGCGAGACGACUGUACCAGGAGCUCAAUCCAGAUGAACCACUCCCUACACAUGCCGACAACGAGGGAAAUGUCCUUGUUGUAGAUAAUCGUCAGCGCAUUCCUUCUGAUAAGAUGGAAAGUGGACCUUCCCAUGUCGCCCAUUCUCUGUCGACCGCUGGACUCUUUGGACUUCCGAGAUCUGGUCUCAAGCGCUCUGCAGACCAUCUGGACGCGCUGUCAGAGCCGCCCUCUAAGAUGCAAGCGGGUGAAGCCACGGAUUCGACUAUUCCACCCAGAGCUCCUGGUACGCUCAGUAGAUCUGCCCGCGGUCGUGCUCAUGCGCAGAUGUUGACCCCUCGCACACCGGAGGACACUUCUCCUCAGAUGCAAGUUGCAGGUCUCAAAAGACCUGCUGAAGAUCUAGAUCCCAGCUUACAUCCUGCAAAGAGACAAACCACUUCGACCAACCACUCAUCCAGUGCAUUCGGACCUACAAGACCUGCCUCUGCGUCUGGAACGGCUACUCCGACUGGUCCCGUAAGGCACGUUGAUUCCACUUCAACGCCCGACUCUUUCUUUCGCUUGGGCAUCAAACAGCCAGUUGAGUCAAGAAACCCCUUCUUUGGAGCUCCAGCGACCGAGACUUCUUCUAGAAUGCGACCUCCAGAAGGUACUGCUGUCGGACUCACUACUGUCAUUACCCCUGUCGAGUCACUAUCUCUACCUGCAGCUCAAGCAAGUACCUCGGCGGCUUCAUCAUAUAUGAGAUCAGAGCAAGAACUGGAAAAUAUCUACAAAUGCUGCGUAUGUCAUGAGAAGGAAUCUUCGGAGAACACUUUCACGGCGGAGUGCGAAGAUCGUUACUGCCGCGACUGCAUCAAUCCGUUCCUCCAGAGCGCUUGCCGUGAUGCGACACGUUGGCCUCCUCGAUGCUGCAGAAAGACUCUUCCCUUCGAGGAUAUGCGUCAUCUUCUUACUGCAGAUGUUCAAGCAGAAUACCUUCUCAGACAGAGCGAGGCGAACACUCCAGCCUCAGAGAGAGUCUGGUGCGUUGGUUGUUCAAAGUUCAUCUCGGCUUCAUGCAUCAACGGAGAGGCUGCGACCUGUAAUUUCUGCCAUGCUGUCACUUGCGUGGUGUGCAAGAACGCUAAACAUGAGGGACCCUGCGCCUCCGACGAAACAGAGUUGGAGGUUCUGAGAGCCAUUGCCAAAGAAGAAGGAUGGAAAGAGUGUUCUGCGUGUCACAGCUUUAUCGAACACGUCUUCGGAUGCUGGCACAUGACGUGA